AUGCCCAUGACUCGCAAGAAGAAACCCAAACGUGAGAUUGAUGCAGCCAAGCACCACGCCGCUCUCGCCCAAGCAGAUGGAGGAUCCCAGUACGAGUACGACCCCACCCUGGCCAUCGAAGACUGCCGCAAAACCGGAGUCAGGCACAUGUCCGGCGUGUUUAUCUGCCAUGCCUGCCAGUACAAGCCCAACAACAACGGCAGACCACAUUCCUGGGGCUCAGGAAAGGUCUGUACUGAGUUGUAUCUUUCCAAGGACAACAAGACCUACCGAGCUGUGUUUAAUGCCCAGCAGUGCAACCAGUGCAACCGGUAUGCGCGAUUCAAAGUGAAUGAGAAAAAAUAUGUCGACAAGGUGUUGGAUACGUUUGAGCUGUGGACUGGUCGAAGAGCGGCGUAUAGAUCAGAGCUUCAUAAGAGUACGGGACCACAUGACAGUAGCCGAUGUUAUGGGUGUGUGAAGGGUAUCUGUCUUGAGUAG